AUGAGUGUAAACGUGUACGUCGUUGGAGUUGGUAUGACGAACUUUGAAAAACCCAACGCAGGAAUAGAUUAUCCAGAAAUCGGCAAGGCGGCGGUGGAACAAGCUUUAAAGGAUUGUAAUAUUUCAUAUGAUAGCGUUCAACAAGCAGUUUGUGGGUAUGUUUAUGGGGAUUCCACGAGUGGCCAGAGGGUACUAUACCAAGUUGGCAUGACCGGUAUCCCAAUCAUCAAUGUCAAUAAUCACGGUGCAACUGGGGCCACCGCACUUUUUCUUGCCCAUCAACUGAUUCAGGGUGGCUUAGCUGAUGUUGUACUGGCAUUGGGAUUUGAAAAGAUGACACCAGGCAGACUGCCAGGAACAGCUUACCCUGACAGAACAUAUCCUUUGGAUAAACACCAAUAUAAAAUGUUGGAAAUGGUUCAGGUAGAAAAUGCGCCUCCGACUGCUCAAUGCUUUGGUAAUGCGGCUAUUGAGCAUAUGAAGAAAUAUGGAACGUCAACUUUGCAGUUUGCCAAGAUUGCAGUUAAAAACCACCACAACGGUUCUAAAAAUCCUAGGGCAUUAAAUAAACGUUCAUACACAUUGGAUGAGGUUUUAAAUUCAAAAUAUAUUUUUGGCCCUUUAACUAAAUUGCAGUGUUGUAGUAACAGCAGCGGCGCUGCUGCAGCUGUUCUUAUGUCUGAGAAAGCUGUAGCAAAUUAUAGACUUCAUGAAAAAGCUGUUCAAAUCUUAGGAAUGGCUAUGGCUACUGACACUGCAGCCGUUUUCAUAGAUAAGAGCGUAAUGAAAAUUGCUGGGUAUGACAUGACAGCAUUGGCGGCAAAGCAAGUGUAUGAAAAAACUGGCAUCUCCCCAAGCCAAAUAGAUGUUGUUGAGUUACAUGACUGCUUUACUACUAAUGAAUUAAUUACCUAUGAAGGCCUACAAUUGUGCGGAGAAGGGAAAGGGGGAGAGUUUGUUGAUGCAGGAGAUAAUACAUAUGGGGGAAAGGUAGUUGUGAACCCCAGCGGGGGGUUAUUAGCUAGAGGCAACCCGAUAGGAGCUACAGGGCUGGCACAAUGUGCUGAGCUGGUCUGGCAGUUAAGGGGUGAAGCAGAAAAUCGACAGGUGCCGAAUGCGAGGAUAGGGCUGCAGCACAACCUGGGCCUUGGCGGGGCGGUGGUCGUCGCUAUCUAUCGUGGCUUUUCCUCCAAUGUCUCCCGCGGACCCAAGGGUACUGUGGCACCGGACAAAUUUCGUGUCCACAAGUACCUGAAGUCGCUCGAAAAGAGUAUGCAAAAUAAGGGAAUGGAUCCAGUGACGGUGCCAGCUGUUUUCGCGAUCAAGGUAUCGGACGAGACGACUGGGGCGGAGGGUUACUGGGUCGUCAACACUAAAGAGGGUAGCAUGAAAAUAACUUAUAUGGCGUAUGGGGAGCCCGACUUCACCGUCACUGGUACAGAUGGUGAUAUAGUGGAGGUGAUGAUCGACGAAACUGAUUCAUCGGCGGCGAAUUAUCAAGGCACUCUUAGGCUACAAGGCCAGUUGGAUCUCUCGCUCAGACAUAAGUCUCUGGCAAACAAGGUCCGUGCAAAAAUU